AUCAUCCGCGUACCUUCAUCCCUUUCACCGCGACGUGAGUAUACAAUGUCAGCGGCCCAAACAAAAAAAUGGAUGGGGAUAUCUAUGUCACUCCCUAUUUUCCGAAAGGAGUACAAUACAUCAUUACCACUGGUAGCGACCACUACAUUGGUUUCGUCAACGAGACAACAAUUCUGAAAUAUCCGCAUUUCAAAGAUGGCUCAAACGCACUUGAUAUCGAAACUGCAAUGUUCCGACAGCUCGGCAAACAUCCUCGCAUCAUUGAAUUCAAAGGGGAGCAUGAGGACGGUUUGCUUCUCGAGUAUGCACCGAACGGAUCGUUGGCAAAUUAUAUACAAAACACAAACGUCACCAUGAAAGAGAAGAUCAGAUUCGCCCGAGAAACGGCGGAGGGCGUUGCCCAUGUUCAUCGGAGCAACGUGCUAAUAUGCGACAUUCAUGUUCGCAACAUGUUGCUCGAUCACGAGCUUCACAUCAAACUCUGUGACUUCCAGGGCCGAUUGUUGGGGGCUGAUGGAGAGGUCCUUCUUUCUGGUGGAGCUUCAGAGAAUGCAGAGUCGUUCAUGCCUCGCGAAGAUAGAAAAGUUGCAGAUGUGAGGACAGACAUCUUCGCUCUGGGGUCUACUAUCUACCAUAUCAUUACCGGUCACAGGCCAUACCCACAGUAUCACACCAUCAACGACGAAGCCAAGUUUAGAGAACUAUACCAAAAGGGCCAAUUCCCUGCUCUAGAUGUCUCAUUAGGGGGCGAUAUCGUUCGGAACUGUUGGAGAGGCAACUACGCAUCUGCGGACGAAGUGGUCAAGGAUCUCAGCUUGAUAGAGAUAUGAGCUGGUAGGAGCAGGCCCCUCAUAGCGAUUGUUUUUUUUCAGAUGCAAUAAAGCAUUGAUACAUUAUAAAGCGAUACA